AUGCCGCCGCGCCCAGCGACGCGGGGGGCCAAUAGGGCAUUGAGCUUGUGGACAGACUUUUUAAGUUCUGCUCGUGAUGGGGCUCACGCCUGGGGGAGUCGUGUGGAGAGUGACAAGGCGCCGAAGCCCAAAACGUUGGUCUCACAGACAUUACUGGAUGUGCGGCAACGCAUUCUUGACGAAGUAAGAGUGAGUAAAAGUGUUGGAAGUAAGCUCCGCCAAGCGCAUCGUCAGCGGGCGUGGGAAAUGGCGUUUGGGCAGCCAGGUGGAGAUGAGGUGGAGGUCUCGACGAUAGAAAUUUCCCUCAUUUGUCCUUAUUCCCGCGUAGAAUUGCGGUACCCGGUACGAAGCAGAGAUUGUCAACAUCUGCAGUGUUGCGAUUUGGAGUCGUGGAUCUCGCUGCUAGACAAGUAUCGCUCCAUGCGAGACCCAAGGGCGCCGUGCCCUGUGUGUGAGAAGCGUGUGGCAGCCUCAACGCUUCAGAUAGACUGUUGGCAGCUGUACGUCUUGUCACAGAUGCCACCGGGGACACACAUGCUUGUGCUGCACCCCGAUGGAAGCUAUCGCAGCGGGGAUGCCUCACGCGAGCAAAAGAAGCAACAAGUGACGGAAAUCAUAGAAUCGACGCAGGCGCCAAACGAAGCUGGCGGCAAUGUGUCUUUAACGCUUUCCACCGACUCCGCAUCCUCGGCCCCAACAGCGUCAGAUGUUAGACUCGCCCGUGUCAAACGGGAGCGACACUCGGAGGAUGCCCCGGAUCCCCCCUCCCUGGGGUUUCCCACUACUUGUAGUUCUCUGACACACGACGACGACGAUGACGACGAGGUUUGCGUCGUUCAUUACGUGGAGCCCACGCGGAUGGUUCGGGUUUUGCCUAGUCAAGUCCGCUUGUGGGUAGCACACUGCCCUUGUUGUACCAGAACGUUACUAAAGAACGAGGGGGGUGAGGUGGAGGGCUGCAAUGAAUGUGGCCUUGAGAGGGAGGACUGGACGCUCGUGAGGAGCUUUCCGGGCUCGUCCCUCUCACUGGAGUUGACACGUGAUGGCACUUUGAUCCUUAGCGGUGCGGAUGCCUUGGCUCCACACUUGAUACGCGCCGGAUUCUUCCGCGCCAUCGUUGUGGAUGAGGACGGCGCCGCUGGCCCGCACACAGAUGCCGGCAUCUGGUACACGACCGCCUCCCUCACCCGCUACGAACUGGAUUUUUUGGAGGCUUGCUGCCAGCGUCUAGCGUGCGGGGAAACAGUGAAGGAGAUGCCGUCCGUUCCUGCACUUUUCCGCAUCCCCCGUCGGCGCUUCGCCAGGAGGGAAUCGACGUUUACACAGUUGACCCACCCAAGUCUUAGCGGGUGA